GUCUGGAAGGUUAGAGUUGCUGCAUAUGAAGAACUUACGAAAAAAUUUUCACAAGCGGAUCCAUCAAACGAAAGCGAGUUUCGGCCUUAUGAAGGCUUUAUGAAAAAUAUUGCGACAGAUGCUAACGCUGUUGCUCAAGAGACUGGUUUGUCAACACUACAGGCUUAUGUUGAAAAUGCACCUAAUCCAAUAAAGCAAGUGAUUAGGUCUUCUAUCAUACCUGCCAUCGUUGAAAAGGGUUUGGGUUCUUCCCGUACCGGAACGAAGACUAAAGCAGUUGAACUCAUUCUUACAUACAUUGAGGUGGACGUGCCUGAUCCGGUCGUGGUUAAUGUUCUUGGGGGGUUAAACGCCAAACAACCUAAAAUAGUUUCCACAACUGUUUUUGCACUUAAAGAAAUAAUAAGAUUAUAUGGGGCAAAAACAGUUACCGUAAAGCCUAUUCUCAAAAAAUUGUCAAAAAUAUUUGGUCAUACUGACAAAAACGUUAGAGCAGAGGGUACGCAACUAGUAAUAGAACUUUAUAAAUGGCUAGGACAAGCAAUUAAUCCACAUCUACAAGAAUUAAAACCAGUUCAGGUUAAAGAAUUGAACGAAGCCUUUGAAAUUUUACCAAAAGAAAAAGCUAUACAACAACGAUUUUUACGAUCACAGAAAGAAACGGAGGAAGCCGAAAAAAGUAAAAAUAUGGAUUUAAUAUAUAAUCCAGUUGAUGAAGAGGCUGAAGCGGAAGAAGAAAAAGAAAUAGACGUAUAUGACCUAGUAGAGCCUGUUGAUGUACUGGGAAAAAUGUCAAAAGAUUUUUAUACACAAGUGCAAGCCUCAAAGUGGAAGGAUAGAAAAGAGGCAUUAGAUGCUCUACUUGAAAUUUGCAAAACGCCGAGAAUUGCGGAUAAUAAUUAUGGAGAACUAAUUGCUGCGCUUACUAAGCGAAUUUCAGAUUCAAAUAUAUUAGUAGUAACGCUGGCUGCAAAUAUUAUUGAAGCUUUAGCAUUAGGUUUACGUGAAUCAUUUGCAAAAUAUAAACCAACGGUUACAAAUCCGUUGAUAGAGAAACUCAAAGAAAGAAAACAGAGUGUUGUGGAUGCUUUAGCAGCUGCUUUAGAUGCGAUAUUUUCUACUGUCACAAUUUCUGAUGUCACUGAAGAUAUCGUAGCCGCAGGAAAGCAUAAGAAUCCGCAAGUAAAAUCAGAAACAAUGAAAUGGCUAGUUAGAUGCUUGAGGAAUACCAAAUUAGCCCCCAACAAAGCAGAAAUCAAAUCAUUGACCGAAAUGAUGGUAAAAGCUUCUGAAGAUAGUUUUGAGCCUGUUCGUCUUUCUGCUGCAGAAGGUCUAGGUACAAUGAUGAAAGUCAUCGGGGAGAAAGCUAUGAAUCCUUUUAUAGAAGGACUUGAUGAUAUUAAAAAAAGCAAGAUUAAAGACAAAAAGGAUGAGAAGACUGAGCCAAAGAAGGCUGCAGAACCUCCAAAAACCUCUAAACCUGCAGCACAACCACCUAAAAAAGUUGCGAAACCACCAACUUCUGCUGCGCCAUCGAAAAAAGGUGCAAAAACUAAGGAAGAAGAACCAUUGAGGUACAAGUUUUCAAAUGAAGAAGUUGAAGCGAGACUUGCGGAAAUAAUUCCAGAAGAACAGACCGCUGGAUUGGGCGACAAAAAAUUGGAAGAACCGUUUAUCAGUUUCCCUUACUAUUUAGCAAUUGAGGAACUUUAUAACACGUUAAAUGAAAUGGACCCUUCUAAUAUUGAAGCAGAACUAAUAGUUAGAUUUCUUGCAAAAAAACCUGGAUGGAAAGAAAGCAAUUUUCAGGUAAUGGCCAAAGCAUUCAAUGUUAUGGAACUGCUCAGUUCUAAGGCACCAUCAUUUGGGAAACCAACGGCUGCUCUUGCUAUUCCUGUAUUAUUCGAAAAAUUGGGCGACAUUAAACUCAAAAAGAGUGCAGGAGAAACUUUAACAGCAUUUGCAGAAAAAAUAUCUCUGCAAUUCGUUCUUUGGCAAUCUUAUGAUCCAUUGCGAAAAGCUAAAUCUCCAAAAGUAUUGGCCGAUAGUUUGCUGUGGUUUCAUGGUGCCAUUAUGGAAUUCGGAAUUGCUGGAGUUCAAGUGCGAGAAUUGAUUGAUUUUAUCAAGUUCGCAUUAACUAGCUCUAACGCAGCUGUCCGUACCAAUGCUGUUACUGUUUUGGGAGCAUUGAGGAUUUAUGUCGGUCCAGAUAUUAGGACAUUUGUUCAAGAUUUAAAUCCUACACAACUUGCUACCAUUGAUGCUGAAUUCGAAAAAGUUGCUGAUCAAGCCCCUCCCCAGCCUAUAAAAACAAGUGUCGAGGUGGCAAGUUCAGGGCGCGGUGGAAAUGACGCAUUGGAAGAACUUUUCCCAAAAGUUGAUAUCG